GCGCACUCCCGGCGGCGCAGCACCCGCGGGCAGACGCUGCAGAGGCCCCCUGGCCACCUCCUGCCGCCCCCAUGAAGAAAACCAACAUGUGGUUCUUGGAUCGGCUGCGGGUGUCUGGGGAAAAUAGUGCCGCAGGAGGCGAGGGGGGAGACAAGGCCUCCAAGGGGCCCCUGUACAGCAACGUGCUCACCCCGGACAAGAUCCCCGACUUCUUCAUCCCUCCCAAGCUGCCGGUGGGACCCCCAGAGACGGAGGGGCAGGCCGAGGGGGGUCCAUCCGCAGCAGAGCCGGAGCCGGGCCCGGCCCCGGCCUCCCCCCGGCGAGCCCCAUGGAGCCCCCGGCUCCCCGCCAAGCUGGCGGCCGAGAGCAAGAACUUGCUGAAGGCCGCGACCCGGCACGUGAUCCAGAUUGAGAGCGCCGAGGACUGGCCAGCAGAGGAAGCCUCGGCGACCGACUCCCUGGCGGUGGGCGCCAUGUCCCUGCCCUCAGUGCCCAAGGCCCAGACGGCCUACGGCUUCGCCACCCUGGCUGAGAGCCCGCACACGCGGCGCAAGGAGUCCCUGUUCCACAGCGAGCACGGGGCCCUGUCCCAGGUCGGCUCCCCGGGUGCUGGGCGCCGCCAGGCGGGCGCCAAGGCCAACGGGGGUGACGGGGCAUCCAGAGAGGCCAGCGGGGCGCUCAUGAGCCCCAGCCGCUACUUCAGUGGCGGGGAGAGCGACACGGGGUCCUCCGCUGAGUCUUCCCCAUUCGGGUCCCCCCUACUCUCACGGUCCAUGUCGCUGCUCAAAGGCUUCGCCCAGGACAGCCAGGCCAAGGUGAGCCAGCUCAAGCACUCGGUGGGCCGGCACGGCUCGCUGUCUGCAGAUGACAGCACGCCCGACACCAGCCCUGGCACCCGGCGGCGCCUGCCCCGCCGGCCCACCCCAGAGCCAGGCCCCGAGCCGGGCCUGGCGCCCCGCGCGGAGCACGCCGUGCGCAUGGGCCUGCGGGGCAGUGUGCGGCUGCUGGCCGAGUAUGAGGCGGCCCAGGCCCGCCUGCGGGUGCGGCUGCUGGCCGCCGAGGGCCUGUAUGACCGGCUCUGCGACGCGCGCAGCAUCAACUGCUGCGUGGGCCUGUGCCUGGUGCCCGGGAAGCUGCAGAAGCAGCGCAGCACCAUCAUCAAGAACAGCCGCCACCCCGUCUUCAACGAGGACUUCUUCUUCGACGGCCUGGGGCCCGCCAGCGUCCGGAAGCUGGCCCUCAGGAUCAAGGUGGUCAACAAGGGCAGCAGCCUCAAGCGGGACACGCUGCUGGCCGAGAAGGAGUUGCCCCUGACUUCCCUGCUCCCCUUCUUGUGAAGCCCUGCCCUCCCUGCGCAAGGAAGACCCCACCUCCCCUCCCCACCUGGGCCCUGACAGCAGGAGGCCCCUGGCCCCUGGCCCGGGGAGGCCCCGGAGGGAGGCGGGGAGGGAGGCCACUGCGCUGCGGCUGGGCCAGGAUGCUGCCCUGGAGCUGGCAGUGGAUAUUGUUUUUCACGGAUUGAUUUUUUUUCAGGGCAGCCGAGAGGGGCCACCUUGCAGGGCUGUCUCUCUCCCCCCUCCUGCUACCCAUCCCUGAGGUCCACACACCUCGAUGCCACCCCGUCCCUCUCGGACAGAAGUGUCCGGGAACCCCUGCCAGGGGGCGGCCAGAUGGCUGAGAGGCUCCUGAGGAGAGCGGUGCAGGCCUGGCUCCUGCCAGCGGGGCCCGUGGGACUGCAGCCUCCCAGCAGGCUGGCUCUGGGCAGCCCCUGUCCUUCCAGGGUCCAAAGUGGGAGUGGGUAGGGGGGCUGGGGUGCCCAGGGCUGAGGAGGGUUGGGCCCUGGCAGUGGAGGGUCCCAGGAGAGGAAGCAGGGCGAUGCUUCCCGUCCCUCCAGGGAGACGGCCCUCCCGCACUUUGCCUCCCACCCUUUCUCAGUUUGCUGUUUCCGGCCAGGCCUGGCAGCCCCCGCACCUGCUGUGACCCCAUGGAGGGGGCGGCUGAGAAGAGGCCAGAGAGCUGCCCCUCAGUCUCUUUGCAGCUGGGCCUGCUGCCCCUGUCACCUGCCCUGUGGCGCCCUUGGCAGCUGGAUGCCGGGGGUGGAGUGGGAGGGGGGUGGCCCAAAUGACCGAGCCUGUGGUGUUUACUCCACGUGUGUAAAUAGAUUUUGCUUCGGUGGGUGGGGCAGAGGAGCAGGCAGUGGGCACCGCUGGGCUGGGCAGGGCAGCUUUCAGUGUGUGGGUUCUCGAGUGGCUUUUGUGGAGUUUCCCAGCUUCCUGAAAUGGAUACGCCGCUGGGGGCAGGGGCCAGCCCAGGCCAGCCCCUCCACCUCUCCCGGGUGCCUGCGGGGCAGGGGUGGGCCGGAGAAGUCCACCGGGCCUCGGCGUGCCCCUCCCUGUCCAAGUACUGUCCCUCCUGCGCUCGGUUUCCACAUCCCACGGUGGGGUCCACCCCCGCCAGGCAGGGGGAGGCACGUGUCCCCUUCUGCCCGUGCGCAUCCGGUGAGAAACCAGCACAACCUGGGGAUUGAGGUUGAGGGGCUGGGAGCUGGGGUGCCUUGCUGCACCCUUGCCGGCCUCCAUCCUGCUCCUUCUUGCUCCCUGCUCCUGGGGUCUUGGGACUCCUCCUUCACUCUGGAAUGGGGGACCAGCCAGGGUCAGGCCUGUGGGCUGGAAGAGGCGUGGAUGGCUCCGGGUGGUCUGCGGGCCCCUCUGCUCUCCCACCCGACCUCUCCAGGCCCUGGUGUCCUUCCGGGGCCCACAUUUUCUAUUCCCUGCACUGUUUGAUGUCUUUGUGUUUGAAGUUGACUGUGGGUAAAUCUUUAAGAAACCCUCCCCCAAGUGUGUUUGUUUAUAAAUGCUGUUUUUAGUGCAAUAAAGGUGUUUCAAGAACGCGGGGGUGGAGAUCUGCCUGCCUUGCUGUUUAAUAACAAGAGAAGAAUUCUGCCUUGAAUUCCAGGAGGAUGGCGGGAGCCUUGAGGAUGGCAGCGGCCCUCCCCCAACCCUUUGGAGCCCUCCAGCUUGCCCUCCUGCCCGGGGGUGGAGGCAGGGAAGCGAGAUUCCAGCAGGUAGUGACGCUGCCC